CAAGACUGGGACAGGCGAAGGGAAGGGUCUAGAAGGUCUCUGCAUAUACAGCAGUGCGCGGCCCAGAACUAUCGACCUUACAUGGGAGAGAUAUGAGUACAGAAUAUCUGUUGUUGCCCAUACGUCUUCACGGCCGACUUCUAUAACAAGUAUAAAGACUUCUUCUUGUCCUAUCUCAUUGCUAAUCCCAACCUUGCCACCUUACUUUCCUAUACCUUCCCAUUGUCUAUCCAAAACCAUUCAAGCUUGCUAGACUCAUUAUACAAAGCCAUCUCGUAUCAAAAUGGCCCUCAAUCAACGGCAAGUCGAAAUCCUCACGAAGAGAGAGGACUUCGAUGUAGUCAAUCGUCUGUCUGGAGAGUCAAAGGGCUGUUUAUCUUCCAACUACCGAUGGGAAAACGUUCUCAUGCCAGCUCCCGUGGCGCUGAAUGCCCUCGGUGCUUGUGUUGUCGCUAUUGGCUCUAAGAAGGCUGACACCACUUUUACACCUCCCCAAAAAGGGUUUCUGUACCUAUGUGACUCUGCUGGGAGAUUCAAGCUCGAGAACAACCUCUCGAAGUGCGUCGACUUGGGUCGAUUUGUUUUCCUCGAGACCGAGAAACAGAUGGGCAGGAUGCAUAUGGUUUCUGAGAAAUUCUAUGGAACAUUUCAUAAUAUCUUUGAAACCGUUUCCAACCCUCAAGGUGCCAGAAUGCUGCUACGACGAGAGAUGGAAUCUUGGAACUAUGCAUCCUUGGACUGCUUGGAUUCCUCCAAGGAAAUUGACGGCAAGUUUAAAGACUGGAUGAACCAUGCCUGUGAGCUCCAUCGGGCCUGUGUCGAAGCAGAACCAACUUCAGAAGACCAGCAAGUCUUGAAGGAUAUCGAGUUAGCUGUUGCUGUGACGUCAAUUGACUACAAGCAGCAGAUUGCUACCACUCAAUGGGAGAAAUCCUUGGAAGCAGCAACUGAGGCAUUCAAAAGAGCUUCUGAUGGAUUCCCCAAGGAUUGGGAUAUCGUUGGUCGGCAGGUUGUCGAAAAGCUGGCAGACAGUUUGACCACCGCUAUGAACCAGACCAUGCCUACUCCAACUGCAAGUAAGCCCAAGGAUGCAGGAGACCCUGCUUACAAUCAGGUCGUGCGUGACUUGAUCUAUUGGGAGCUACUCAGCACUGCAUUUAUUGGCACUAAUGACGGUAUUGCUUGGGACAAGGCUGGUCAGGCUGCGACAUUCGCGGCGAAGAUGCUCGCCCAUUCGCAAAAAGCGUUCGGUUCUCUGGCCUCUGGUUCAGAGCCUAGUCAGCAGUACAAGUCCGCAUUGGAUUCCGUUUGCAGGAUUGCAAACGGAAUUGUGGACGAAUUAGAGCAAGCUAGCAAGUCUAUGGGAUACACUGCACCUAACAAGGACUCCGAGACGGUCAGAUCUUGGCAGAGGGACUUCCUUGGUAACUAUGCGACCGUGGUCACACUGAACGCUACCGCCAAGUCUUUCCUGGGAUCGACUGCGAACGGGAGCAUCGUGCCAAGCCAACGCGGUAACCCAGAUACCGAAAUGGCACAAGUUCAAGCCAAGACCGCCCAAGCCCAGGCAGUCGUCGAAUCAGCUACGACUAGGCUACACACUGCGUCUGAAGCACUGGCUGCAACCCGAGAGACCUACCAAAACUCCACUGGAAUUCUUGUUGAGCAGCAAGAGAAACUGAAUCAGGUCAACGCCAAGCUGGAGCGCCUGAAGAACUCUAGCCUGGAGAUGCACGCGAUCAAGGCCAUUCUGGUCCAGGCUAUCGCGACGAUGUUGAAGAUCAAGACUGAGAUCGUGAAUCUUGUGCGAUUCUUCAACGCUAUCUCGGUGGUCGUUCGAUUCGUCGCGGAAAAGUAUGUCAACCCGUAUGUUGAUAAUAUCAAGGCCGGCAAUGAUGGAGACAGGAUCGGGCCGUAUUCGAUGCUGGACUUUCAACGAAGUUCUGUCUUCAACAGCACCACUAUCAUCCGAUCCUACUUCUCUACCUUUGGCGACUACGCUUCUAUGUGGGCUCGGAUAUCGCCAAUGAGUCUCUUCCCAAUGCUGCGUUUGGUCGAUGAACUUUCAUCUUUCGGGGGUAGAGGGGAAGAUUCGAGAAUGACCAGUAGAAAAGCAAACGAGCUCCAAGAAUUCUCCAAGAGGGCGAUUGAUGAGAUUUUGAGGAGAGCGAAAGAUGGACAACCCAAGACUGUAAGAAACAUGGAGACCAGGUUGUCUGAGACCAACGAGAAGAAGCAGAUACUACCUUCUGUCUCCCCUGAGAUUGCCAAGGCCAUUGCUUUUGGCGCUGAGAACUCCAAGAGAGCUGCUCAGCAGGGUAUACGAACUGAAGCAGACCAAAGUCUUUUGACAAAGUCACUCGCCAGAGGAAACGGGUUUUGAGAGUCUAGAAGAAAUGUGAUUUCUCAUGACUGACUUUGAGUAAAAGUCUGAUGUUCCUGAAUAGGCCAUGUUCCCUUUCUUUACUUGGUGGGACGAAGCUUAAGAUAUUGGUUUGGGUU